AUGUGUCUUCAUAUUGCAAAAGAAGUUGGAGACACGCCUUUGAAGGGUAAAGCUUGUGGCGGUCUCGGCAAUACUUAUCAAAAGCUGGGUGAUUUCAAAAAAGCCGUAGAGUACCACAAUUUGUGUCUUAAAUUGUUUAAGGAAAUGGGAGAUAAGCGUAACGAGGGUGGUGCUUACAGCAAUCUUGGAAUUGCUUAUAGAUGUCUUGGUGAUUUAAGAAAAGCCAUAGACUACCACACUCUUCAUCUUGAAAUUGCCAAAAAAGUAGGAGACAGGCAUAGUGAGGGUAGAGCUUACGGCAACCUUGGCAAUGCUUAUCACAAUCUAGGUGAUGUCAAAACGCAGUAGAGUACCAUAACCUCCAUCUUGAAAUAUGUAAAGAAGUAGGCGAUAAGCAUGGGGAAGGUUGUGCUUAUGGUAGCCUUGGUAUUGCCUACGACAGUGUGGGAGAUUUCAAAAAGGCUUUGAAUUACCACAACCUUCAUCUUGAAAUUACCAAAGAAAUAGGAGACAAACAUGGGGAAGGAAAUGCUUAUGGCAAUCUCGGCAUUUCUUAUUACAGUCUGAGCGAUAUCAAUAAAGCUAUACACUGCCUCGAACUAUGUAUUGAAAUUAGUAAAGAAGUAGGAGACAAGCAUACGGAGGGCGCUGCUUAUGGCAAUCUCGGCAAUGCUUACAAACGACUGGGAAAUUUCAAAAAAGCCAUACAGUAUCACAACCUACAUCUUGAAAUUGCUAAAGAUGUAGGAGAUAAGCAUCAGGAGGGUAGUGCUUAUGGCAAUCUUGGCAAUGCGUAUGAAUGUCUAGGGGACAUGAAAAAGGCCAUACAGUACCAUAACCUAGAUCUUAAUGUUAUGAAGGAAGUAGGAAACAAGCUUGGGGAGGCUAGUGCUUAUGGAAAUCUAAGCACUUCCUAUAAGGGUCUGGGAGAUUUCAGAAAAGCCAUAGAGUACCAAAACCUACAUCUCGAUAUUUGUAAGGAAGUAGGAGAUAAGCAUGGGGAAGGUGGCGCUUAUGGCAAUCUUGGCUCUGCUUAUGAGAGUCUGGGAGAUUUUAAAAAAGCCAUAGAGUACCACGACUUACAUCUUAAAAUAACCGAAGAAAUAGGAGACAAGCAUGGUGAGGGUAUAGCUUAUGGCAAUCUUGGUAGUGCUUAUCAAAGUCUGGGGGAUUCCAAAAAAGCUGUUGUGUACCACAAGUUACAUCUUGAUAUUACUAAAGAGAUAGGAAACAAGGGUGGCGAGGGGGGUGCCUAUGGUAGUCUUGGCAUUGCUUAUUUUAGUAUGGGUGAUCUCCAAAACGCUAUAGAGUUCCAUAAACUACAUCUUGAAAUUACCACUGAGCUUGGAGACAAACGUGGAGAGGGUGAAGCUUAUUGCAAUCUUGGCAAUGUGUAUCUCAGUUUGGGAGAUUUCACAAAGGCUAUAGAGUACCACAACCUUUUUCUUGAAAUAACUAAAGAAAUAGGGGACAGGCAUGGGGAGGGUGAAUCUUACGGCAGCCUUGGAAAUGAUUAUCUAGCUUUGGGCGAUCUGAUGAAGGCCAUAGACUUUUGCAGUCGACAGCUCAACAUUGCCAAAGAAGUCGGGGACAAAUCAUUAGAGGCAGCAGCCUACUGUUUAUUAGCUUCCAUUUUCGAAUCUCAGGGCCGACUGCCAAAAGCCGUUGAAAAUUACAAAGCCAGUAUAGCGCUCUACGAUGCUAUGAGAAGCCUUCUCAAAUCGAAGGAUGAAUGGAAAGUUAAUUUUAGAAAUAAAGCUCAGAUAGCUUAUACGGGCUUUUGGAGAGCACUCGUGAAACAAGGUAAUAUAAACGAGUCCUUGUUUGCUGCGGAGAAAGGAAGAGCACAAGCUCUGAUUGACCUCAUGGAAUACAGUUUUUAUGAUGGGGUAGGCCCGUCCGAAGAAGGUAAUAAAGAUUUAGCAGUUUUAAAGAACCUUGCCGAAGAAGAAGAUGAACUAUUGGAACUUUUAAGUUACCUUCCAUUAAACACUGUUUUUCAGGCAGUAGACUAUCCUGACGUUAGUCUCUGGGUAAUCCUUCAAGGAAAAGAAAUUCACUUCAAACAAAGCAACGUAGAACGCACGGUUUCAGAGAAUGGUGGUCCUUCCCAGUCCUUUAAGGCUGUCAUCCUAAAUGCUUAUGCAGCAAUUGGUGUUAAUGUAGAUAUAGCAUGCGAGGAUCGAUCUUUGAAUGCUCUGAGAGAAAGCAACUCAAAAGAGAACGAGAGGACUGAGGAGGAAAGCCCUCAACCUUCUGCUCAACAAGAAGAUUGUUUGAGCACUUUGUAUAACCUCAUUAUUCAACCAAUCACCGAUCUGGUUCAAGGCGAUGAGCUAGUCAUUGUUCCCGAUGGACCCUUUUGGCUUGCUCCUUACGCUGCAUUCAAGGAUGCUGAUUCCAAAUACUUGUGUGAAUCGUUCAGAAUCCGACUUGCUCCAUCUCUGACAAGUCUCAGACUCAUUGCCAAGUGUCCAGAUGAUUACCACAGUAGAACUGGUGCGCUGCUUGUUGGAGAUCCGUGGGUAACAGACAUUCCAUGGACUUACCCCAAUGGAGAAAAAAUCUUCAAGCAGCUCCCGUUUGCUGAAAAGGAAGUAGAAAUGAUCGGGGAGAUUCUAAAUGUCACACCAAUCACUAAGAGACAGGCAACGAAGCGUGAGGUGUUGAAAAGACUCAGUUCUGUUGCUUUAGUUCACUUUGCAGCCCAUGGGAGCAUGGAUACUGGCGAAAUUGCUCUAACACCUGACCCAGAGAGAUUAUCCUCGCAAAUCACCAAGGAAGAUUUCGUUUUGACAAUUGCAGAGGUGAUGAACGCUCAACUUCGCGCCAAACUUGUUGUACUCAGUUGCUGUCACAGUGGUCGGGGCGAAAUCAAGGCUGAAGGUGUAGUCGGCAUAGCGCGCGCCUUUAUGGGUGCUGGAGCUCGUUCUGUUCUGGUGUCCCUGUGGGCGAUUGAUGACAAGGCUACUUUUGAGUUCAUGAAAUGCUUCUAUCAUCACCUCACGCAAGGAAAACGUUCAAGCGAAUCUCUACACCUGGCCACGAAGAGUCUGAGGGAAUCCGAGAAUUUCAAUAAAAUCAAAUUCUGGGCUCCGUUUUUGCUGAUUGGCGAUGACGUCACUUUCGAGUUCAGUGCAUUGGAAUGA